AUGUGCGUGUGCGUGUACGUGUGCGUGCGAGUAUGUGUGGGCGUGUGCGUGUACGUGUGCGUGCGAUAUUGCGUGUGCGUGUGCGUGCGUGUGCGAGUGCGUGUUAAUGUGAGUGUGCGUGUGCGCGGGCGUGAGCGCGUGCGUAUGUUCAUGCGUGUGGGUGUGUGUGUACGAGUGCGAGUGCGUCGGGCGCACGGCUCCAAGGUGGUCGGAGGCGGGGUGUUCCGUUGCUGCGUGCCCUGGUGCGGGGCGCGCACGGCGGCGCCCGCCGACGACGACGCUGACUAUGCGCUGAGGGAGACCAGCCCCCAGCUCUCUCACGAAGAAUACGUUAUCCCCGAACCGGUGAUCAGUUCACCACGCCCUAUAGGCCAACAAUCACCCUUACCGGGAAUAGAAGAGGAGGACGAUUCUGACUGGCCUCUUGAAGACGCCACUGACUCAACACUCACGCCUUCGUACAAGAGCACAAUAAGUAGUACAGAUACCGUUUAUACAUCAUCGAGAAGCUCUGGGAAAAAGCGUAGCUAUGGUAGUCCGUCAUCAGUGAAGAUAUGCAUAUCCGCAGCGGCUAGAAAAUAUAGUAAAGCUCGCAAGCGUGGCGCUGGUGCAGUUGUUCUGCCUCAGGGGCAAGGUGGCGAAGAUCCGCCACCUCAGCCAUUACACGGCAGGAUGCAGGCUGAACAAGGCAGCAUCGGUGAAUUGCAGAAGUAUCACGGACGGUACCUCAAGAGUCGCCGCCACACCCUCGCUAAUGUCCGGUAA